GUUCACACGAAACAAUUCGCGAGCGUUAACUGGUUAUCUUACGGCAGUAAUACGACACCAUAUAUACCAAUCCUAAAAUGAGAAAGAAAAAAUAGUUUGUUUUCAUGAAAUUACUAAGGGUUUUAAUGAUAUUACUAGGGGUUUUUAAUGGUUUAAACAUCCUGAAUAUUGUCUUUGAAAUUCAACGAAUUGAUUGCUCAUCGGAAUUCACGUGGAGUUAAGAUAAAAACGCAAGCGAUUGGCAUGCAUUCGUCAUUCACACACUUAUUGUUCUAUUUGGAGGACUUCAUGACCAUAAUACGUUGGACAAAUACUUUGAGACAUGAAGUAGCGUACCAGUCACGACUGUAUUGAUUGGAGGAAUUGGAGCCAUUAGGUGUUCGUAUAACUGACAGCUGAUAGCGGGCAUUGUAUAGUUGAGAAGCAUUGCCAUGCCUGGGGAACAGCUGACUUGUGUGUGGCAAACUGCGUUUGCGAAGGGUCUUCAUAACAAGAGCGGAGACAUACCAAAGGAAUCCAUCAAAGAAAUAGUCGCAGAAUUUGCAGAUCUGGAGUCUGUUCAUUAUUCUGAAAGAGUAUUUAAAGACGUUUUUAAAAGUGAUGAUGUCAUCACUUUCUCAUCUUUCAAGCGAUACGUUGAUUGUCAUCUAAGAGAAAAGGGAUAUCCGCGCCAUGUUCUUUUCGAUGAAAUAGAAAGAAAAUGCUGGGAGCUUUGCCAGCCAUACUACAAAACGUCUCUAAACAAAGAAGACACUCGAAAACUUUGGCUGAUAUCAAACCGUCUGACAGACGAGCGUUCAUACCCACCUGUCAUCCGUCAGAGGGAGGGGAACUGGUUCAUGGAGAAAAUGUUCACAACCAUUGGCAAGAUGUGGAAAUGCAGCGAAGUCUUCAAUAUCAAAGGGGCGUCAUUUCAAGACCUCGUUGAUAUUAUUGAAGACACAAUUCUGCGCGAGACACACCAGGAUGAAAUGCAGAAGAGCAUAACUUCUUUGUAUUCAAGUAUUGUCACUGAAGUAAUGAAGUCCGGGUGGGUCUACACACGUACCAAAAUGAAAGCCAACUGGACAAACUGGGCUCACAAAUGGUGCAUCCUUACAGCAAAUACAAUAAUUUACUGCAAGGAGGAAAGUGCUUCAUCAAAGUCAAGUCGAAUACGAGGAGAACUCUUCAUAACAAAGCACACAAAAUUACUCUGCCUGGAAGACUACAGUCGUUGGUUUCGCAAAAUGAAGGGUCGAUUCAUGGUAUCAAAUGAACUUGAAAUGGAUUUGGAAAUUGCUGUUGGUAGUGAUAAAGAAAGAUUGUCGUGGUUGUCGGCCCUUGAAGAAGCCAUCAAGUGCUGCAGAGAGAAAACAACACCAAUUCAAAAGUUAUUAAAUGUGCGACGCAGCCUUGAAAAGAAAUACGAGCAUGGCCAGACCCAGGAAGGUGAUAAUGGCCCAUCUACAACCACAAAACCGAUAAUUUCAGACGAAAAGGGGAAUAGGGUUCACUACGAAGAAGACCAAGAUGAAAUGUUGAGGCCAGAAAACCUUAUUCAUGCAAACACAGUCAAAAUGAAAACCGGGGUUGUGCUGAUGGACAAAGACGGGAAUGGCCUGAUUGACAGGAAGGAGUUUGCAGCAUGCUUGAACGGUGAUGCUGGCUCUUGUACAAGCACAAAAACGAGCAUUUCAGACAAAGGAAGCAAACAGGAUAACUGCGAUGACGACGAAGACAAAAAAGAAAUGUUGAGGCCAGAAAACUUUAUUCAUGCAAACACGAUGAAAAUGAAAGCGUUGUUUAUGAAGAUGGACAAAAACGGGAAUGGAAGGAUCGACAGGGAUGAGUUUGCAGCAUUUCUUCAAUGUAUUGGCCUUCAAAUGACAAAACAAGAAACAAAUUUGGUUUAUAGAAGUGUCGACAGGGACAACAAAGGACAUGUAUCGUUCGACGAGUUCCAGCAAUAUUUUUCCAAACACGUCAUGUGUGAAACCUCUUCUGCCGAGUGCGUCAACGCCAUGAGACGGGCUUUUAUGGAAGCGGAUAGAGAUGGCUCGGGAACUCUAAAUUUCCGAGAAUUCACAGAGUACAUAUCGGACAAAAAAAGAUCAAUCAGAUUGACGAAAGUAAUAAAGGCGUUUGGUGAAGCAGCAAAAUCCGGUUUAGACGAAAUAUCGUUCACGGACUUUCAGCAGCUCCUACAAAAUGGAGCAUCUGACAUUUUGAUGCCAGUAGUAGAAAAAGCAAUACAGAAAGAUGAAACAUCCGAUGUUUUCCGAGAUCAUAUGAAACAAGCUUACGACGAUGCAGAAGCAAAGGAAAUAGCUUCUUACAUUCGAGAUAGAUGGAACAAGUUUGCAACGUUUCGACGUGCAGCAGCUACUGGUACUGUGGUCAUGACAGGUGGACAUGGAAUGGUGGCAGAUAUCCUUCCAGGAGAAUACAAUCUGUUAGAUAUUGCCUGUUUCAGCGACCUUCCGCCACUGGUUCCAAAAUAUACCGUUAUCAAAGGAGUGAAAUGGGUUUCUAGCUCAGUUCCUGGAAAGUCUGGAAAAGCGAUUUUUCCAAAGGAUUUUGAUGGACAGAUUGUGACGGAUCUUGCAACAAAUGAACUUCUCCGGUACUACAAAUGUUGUUUCGCUGAUACACAACAAGAAAAGGUUUCCCUGCUAUAUCGACAUGGUAUCCAGGAUUUCACAUACGAAAACGGAUAUCUGGAGAAGUACGUAACAGCUACCAAUGGCGGCGCAGGGAUUGAGAAACACGACUUUUCACAUCUAGAUUGUCCCUUGGUCGAAAAUUCAGGAACAUUCGUACUUGGGAAGUUCACGGAUGACGAUGAGAUUCAUAUCACUGGAUUCAAAAUUCCAGUAAGGCAUACUCUGUAUAUACCAGGCGGAACCAUCCACUGCAACGACUAUUUGUCAGGGACGUGGAGGACGAUGUUGUCCGACGAAACGGAUAUUGAUCAUGUGCAUCUUACAAGAGCGCUUAGCAACGAAAAUGACGGGAAAUACGAACAGUUCCGAUUUAAGUUCGUUUCUUUCGUAUGAUUAGAAUGCAUGGAAAUUAGGUCCCGCUUAAUAUUGAAAAAAAAAAUAUUUUAUCGAUCUUAAUACACUCUUACUCCCAAAUAAGAUUGUCCACAUUUAAUACAAUUGUUUUAAUUUACCGAAAAGGCUGAAUAAAUGUUGAAAACAGUGGAUCUUAUUAAUGAUACUGUGUUUAAUUUGAAAGAAAGGUGCAGAAAACAUGGUAUUUCUACCUUAUGAAACGAUAGUAGAUCAACGUUAAUAUUUUAGCAUUCACCAAUCACUAAAUAUGUUUGCGUUUUCAGCUAUGAAAUACACGGUUACAAUCUUGUAAACAGUAAUUAAUAUUUUCCAUAAAUGCAUUAUUUAGUAAAUAGUUAAAGGUUUAUCGCUCAAAAUUCAUGUUUGUUUUACAUGCGUAUGUAUUGGUUUUGAAUAAGAGUGUCACUUGAACAUGUAAAGCCUUUUCAUGUCAAAUGUAGUUCACUUAUAUUUAGAUUAGUUUAUUUCGUAUGGAUUUGUACAAACCGUUAUUGGUGUUUUGGAAGAACUUUUUAGAGGUCCAAGAGUAUAUUCCUGUAUUCAAGGUGUGUUGAACGUCUUAGUUAUGUCAUGUGCUCCUGACAUAAUGUCCAGUAUAGACAAACAUGUACGUGUACGUUAUGUUUAUACUUGUUAACCUUUCGAUGUUCAUAAUAAUAUAUAUUUGUUGUCAUGAAAUCUCAGUACGAGUUUUGAAAAUCGAAUCAAAUACCAGACAUUUACAUACUUGUGUAUAAAGAAAGAAAGAAAGGAAGGAAGGAAGGAAGGAAGGAAGGAAGGAAGGAAGGAAGGAAGGAAGGAAGGAAGGAAGGAAGGAAGGAAGGAAGGAAGGAAGGAAGUACACAUACAUGUUUAGGAGAAUGCAACAAAUAUUUGUUUUAACAAUGCUCAAAAGAAAACAAUACGUAUAAUAGUUGUGUACAGUAAUGAAAUAAAAUACUAUUUUUGCUAGCUUCGAAUAAUUAAUUGCAUGCUUGGAUUGAUAAUAAAAUAAUGUAUA